AUGUUCCAGCCAACACCGAAGCGGUGUUUUACCAUCGAAUCUCUGGUUGCGAAGGAUAGCCCGGUGCCUGUUUCGAGAUCAGAGGAACCUAUAAGGCCGGCCGCCCUCAGCUAUGCAAACUCUAACCCGGUGAACCCAUUCCUGAACGGCUUCCACCCCGGCGGCAGAGCUGUCUAUUCCAACCCGGACCUUGUAUUCGCUGACGCGGUCUCUCACUCCACCAACACGGCGCUACCGGUCCAUCCGGUACCCCCACAUCCAUUAGCCGCUCACCCUCUCCAGACGUCGCACUCGCCACAUCCCCUGUUCGCAUCGCAACAAAGAGAUCCUUCAACUUUCUAUCCCUGGUUGAUACAUCGGUACAGAUAUCUGGGACACAGGUUUCAAGGAAACGAGACGAGCCCGGAGAGCUUUUUACUGCAUAAUGCGCUGGCUCGAAAACCCAAGCGCAUACGAACAGCUUUCUCGCCGUCUCAGCUGUUAAGGUUGGAACACGCCUUCGAAAAGAAUCACUAUGUAGUCGGAGCCGAGAGAAAACAACUCGCACAUAGCCUCAGUCUAACAGAAACUCAGGUAAAAGUCUGGUUCCAGAACAGACGAACGAAAUUCAAGCGCCAGAAGUUGGAAGAGGAAGGAACAGACGCGCAACAGAAGAAAAAGGGGACCCAUCACGUCAAUCGAUGGAGAAUCGCGACCAAACAGGCCAGCCCAGAGGAGAUAGAUGUCACCUCGGACGAUUAGGAACUGAGGAUCCGUGUCAAACCAUAGUGUUAACUUCCAAAUCGGCAGCGAAAAAAAAAUGUGCUGAUGUAGAGA